CUGUGUAGGCUGCGGUUUGUCGUGUUAUUUUAUUUUGAAAUAGUUUUCUUAAUCGUGAUGUCGAUUCCGGUUUGCUGAAGUAAUAGUAUUUUUUCUAGCAAUUCUUCACAAUUUCUUCAAAAUGCCUAAAGAACAAUAUAGGGAGACAUACGUGGGCCGAAAGAUUUCUCAUGUGACGUUCAAUGUGGAUAGUCCGUCGCAGAUCCAGCAGGCCGCUCACAUCCAGGUGAUCACGAAGAGCUUGUACGCCCAAGAUGGGCAGCGGGUGCCUGCGACAUAUGGCGUGCUGGAUAGACGUAUGGGCACAAACCAGAAGGACGCAAACUGCGAGACGUGUGGCCUGGGGCUGGCGGAGUGUGUGGGCCACUACGGGUACAUCGAACUAGCGCUGCCCGUGUUCCACGUGGGCUACUUCCGGGCUACAAUCACUAUACUGCAAACUAUUUGUAAAGAAUGCGCAAAAGUGAUGCUCCCCGAGCCAAUAAAGAAGUCGUACCGUCGCAAGUUCAUGAACCCGGAGUUAUCCUACCUACACAAGAAGAGCCUUCGCGCGGCCGUCCACAAGAAGACCAAGACGUGCAGCAAGUGUCCCUCCUGCGACGCCCUCAACGGGAUGGUCAAGAAGAGCUCUGCGGGUAUCCUCAAGAUCGUGCAUGAGAAAUACAGAGCAAAGAAGCCCGACGAUCCCGUAGUGUUGCGAGUGCUGAAUGAAUUCAACGAAGCCAAGGAGUCCAAUAAGGAGCUGGCAACGAUGAUUAACAGCGGCCUGGUCAUUGAGAUGAGCCCUUUGACGGUCAUCAACCUGUUCCGUCGCAUCCCCGACGAGGACAUCCCACUGCUGGGCAUGAACGUGAAGCAGUCGCGGCCCGAGGACCUGAUCCUCACGCGUCUGCCCGUGCCACCUAUAUGCAUCCGUCCCAGCGUGGUGUCUGAGAUCAAGGCCGGCACAAACGAGGACGAUUUGACAAUGAAGCAAUCGGAGAUCCUCCUCAUAAAUGACGUCAUAGCUCGCCACAUCGCCAGCGGCGGCAAGAGCGAGCUGGUGCAAGAAGACUGGGACUACCUGCAGCUGCACGCCGCGCUCUACAUCAACAGCGAGAUGUCGGGGAUCCCCCUCUCGAUGCAGCCGAAGAAGCCAGGCCGCGGGCUGGUGCAACGCCUGAAGGGCAAGCAGGGCCGCUUCCGCGGGAACCUGUCCGGCAAGCGCGUGGACUUCUCCAGCCGCACCGUCAUCUCGCCAGACCCCAACCUGCAGAUACAGGAGGUCGGCGUGCCAGUGCACGUGGCGAAAGUCCUCACAUACCCCGAGCGAGCAUUCGCGGCGAACCUGGCGUGGCUGCGCGCGCUCGUGCGGCUGGGGCCGGACGCGCACCCGGGCGCCAAUUACGUGCAACAGCGCGGACUUCGACACAAGAAGUUCCUCAAGUACGGCAACCGGGAGAAGAUCGCGCAGGAGCUCAAGUGCGGCGACAUCGUCGAGCGACAUCUGGUGGACGGAGACGUGGUGCUGUUCAACAGACAGCCCUCGCUGCAUAAACUCUCCAUCAUGUGCCACCGGGCCAGGGUGCAGCCACAGAGGACCUUCAGGUUCAAUGAGUGCGUGUGCACACCAUACAACGCUGAUUUCGACGGAGACGAAAUGAAUAUGCAUCUACCACAGACUGAAGAGGCGAGAGCUGAGGCUCUUAUUCUCAUGGGGAACAAAUCCAACCUCGUCACGCCGCGAAACGGAGAACUCCUCAUCGCAGCGACCCAGGACUUCAUCACCGGCGGCUACCUCAUCACACAGCGAGACACUUUCUUCACCAAGCAGGAAGCGCACCAAUUAGCUGCCUGUCUGCUGGCGGGCCCUGACGCCACCAUGCGCAUCGACAUGCCUCCGCCCGCCAUCAUCAAGCCAAGGAUGCUGUGGACCGGGAAGCAGAUCUUCAGCUUGAUAAUGAAGCCAAACAAGCGGUGCGAGAUCAAGGCCAACCUCGAAACUAAGGGGAAGAACUACACCGGCAACCAAGACAUGUGCGUGCAGGAUUCAUAUGUGAUAAUCCGCAACUCGGAACUGCUCUGCGGGUCGAUGGACAAAAGCACGCUGGGCUCUGGUACCAAGAGCAGCAUAUUCUACAUCUUGCUGCGCGACUGGGGCGAGGAGCACGCCGUCCGAGCCAUGUGGAGGCUGGCUCGCAUGGCGUCGUACUACAUGAUGAACCGCGGCUUCAGCUUUGGCAUCAUCGACGUCACGCCCGGCAAGAAGCUCAUCGAGGCCAAGAACAAGCUGCUCGAAACGGGGUACUCGAAAUGCGACGGCUACAUCUUGGAAAUGGAGAAGGGAACACUCCAGUGCCAACCCGGAUGCACGAUGGAGGAGACCUUGGAAGCCGUCAUGCUCAGCGAGCUUAGUAGUAUCAGAGAGUUGGCCGCCAAAGCUUGCUUCCGUGAGCUACACCCGACAAACGCACCACUGAUCAUGGCACAAAGCGGAUCCAAAGGAUCAAACAUCAACAUCUCGCAGAUGAUAGCGUGCGUGGGGCAACAGGCGCUGAAUGGCAAGCGAGUGCCCAACGGCUUCGAGGACCGCUCUUUGCCACAUUUUGAGAGGCAUUCCAAGAUCCCCGCCGCCCGAGGGUUCGUGGAGAACAGCUUCUACUCGGGACUGACGCCGACGGAGUUCUUCUUCCACACCAUGGGCGGGCGCGAGGGACUCGUGGACACCGCCGUCAAGACUGCCGAGACAGGGUACUUGCAACGGAGACUUGUCAAGUCGCUGGAGGACCUGGUGCUGCAUUACGACAUGACGGUGCGAAACGCGACGGGCGAGGUCGUGCAGUUCCAAUACGGCAGCGACGGGCUUGACCCGUCCUGCAUGGAGGGCAAGGGCCGGCCCGUCGACCUGCCGCGCGUGCUCGCCGACGUGCGAGCGAGGUGCCACGCCAGGGAAGAAGAACCUUUGGACGGAGACGGCAUCGUUCUAGCAGCCGAAGAAACCUUAGCUCUGGACGACUUCAAGACUUGCCCAGUCGAGUUCAAGAACGAAAUAUUGGCAUUCCUAAAAAAGAUCGCGGACAAAGUGCGCAAUCUUCGGGCGAAGUACGCGCACUGCGGGCCCAUCAUCCGUCAGCUGGAGCGGCUCACGCUGACGCAGCUGGUGCGCUUCGUGCGCGUCUGCCACGACAAGUACCAGCGCAGCGUCAUCGAGCCCGGCACCGCGGUAGGCGCGCUGGCGGCGCAGAGUAUCGGCGAGCCAGGCACCCAAAUGACCCUCAAAACCUUCCACUUUGCCGGCGUAGCGUCAAUGAACAUCACGCAAGGAGUGCCGCGUGUCAAGGAGAUCAUCAACGCGUCCAAGAACAUCUCGACGCCAAUCAUCACGGCCGAGCUGAUGAAGCCGCACGACCAGGAGUUCGCUAGGAAGGUCAAGGGAAGAGUGGAGAAGACUACGCUAGGAGAGAUCACAACUUACAUCGACGAGGUGUACUUGCCAAACGAGUGCUUCCUUCUUAUUCGGCUGGACGCAGAGCGCAUCAAGUUGCUGUGUCUAGAAGUCAACGUCGAUUCUAUUAUUUAUUCGAUAUGCACAUCAAAGCUGAAGCUAAAGCCAGCCAACAUCACGGCUGUAUCAGAGUGGGCGAUCAAAGUGUCGGGCGAGGCGAGCCGCGCCGGCUGGCUCAACGUAGGGCUCCAACAAUUGGCCCGACUAUUGCCUGCAGUUCCCGUCAAGGGGCUCCCUCAAGUGUCUCGCGCCGUCAUCGCCGCUGAUGACACCGUCAGCCCCGUACGGUAUAAGUUGUGCGUGGAGGGCGACGGUUUACGAGAUGUGAUCGCGACGUACGGCGUCGACGGUACCAAGACCACUUCCAAUAAUAUCCUUGAGGUGUACCACACGCUGGGCAUCGAGGCAGCCAAGUCGACCAUCAUCAGCGAGAUCCAGGCCGUGAUGGAGGGGCACGGCAUGAGCGUGGACCGCCGCCACGUGGAGUUACUGGCCGGACAGAUGACGGCGCGCGGCGAGGUGCUCGGCAUCACGCGCUACGGGCUCGCUCGCAUGAAGGACUCCGUGCUCAACCUGGCCAGCUUCGAAAAAACCGCCGACCACCUAUUCGACGCAGCGUACUACGGGCAACGCGACCACAUCGAGGGAGUAUCAGAAUCCAUAAUCGUGGGCGUGCCGGCCGGCGUGGGCACGGGCGUGCUGCAGCUGCUGCACGCGCACGCGCCGCCGCCCGCGCGCCCUCCAAUGCCGCUGCUGUUCGACAGACCAGAGUACCACCCGUCCAUAUGGGAAUGAUACCGUCUAUAGGGGCGUAAGGCACGUUACUGAUUGAUCGCCCCCUUAUCUCGAGUGAGCCACGCUCCCUACUGUUCCACGCAGCAAGUAGCUACAUUGCUGAUUGAUCGCGUCCCUUUCUGGAGUGAGCCACACCCUCUACUGUUCCACACAGCACGCGCCACCGCCCCUCUAUUUGCGAGUGAGUACGUCCGCUAAAGCCUGGUCCGUGAGCACGUAGAAUCCCGUCCAAUGACCCCAAGCUACCCAUCCCUAUCG